AUGAGGUUUUCUACUUACAGUUCCCUCGUCGCGAACCUAUUCGCCUCCGCUGCCUUUGCAGCAUUCGACCAGAACCGCGGAGGCGCCGUUCUCAAAGCUCCCGAGGGACAAUCCUUUACCUCUAUCACUGGAACCUUCACUGUACCUAACCUAAGCGGAACCAACAAAUUUUCGAUAUGGGUUGCUAUCGGAGACACUCUCGAACAAGACGUUGUACUCAAGGGUGGUGUUAAUUAUUCUAACGGUCUAACAUCCUUCGCCGCCUGGUACCCAGACAACGAGACUGACAUCACGAGUGCGGUGCCUGUAAGUGCUGGGGAUUCGAUUACUGUCACGGUUUCUAUCUCGGAUCCGGACAAGUCUACGGGUACUGUCGUCGUCGAGAACACAACUCAAAACAAGAAGUCGACUCAGACGUUGCCUAUCCCCACCAAAGUAGAAGACCCAAGCGCACUGACAGCACUCGCCGCCGACUGGUUUGUCCAGGCCUACCAAGAGGCUGGAGAGCUAGUCCGUGUACCACGUUUCGAUACAGUCACUUUCACCAAGAGCAGCGCGACCCUCGCGAACGGAACCACGGUCGGACCUACAGGAGCUGGAACCUUUGAGAUUCAGGGUACUAGCGGGCAGAUCUACUCCAAAACGACGGUUUCGGCUGAUGGCAUCACGAUUCGCCAACAGCAGCAGUAA